AUAGAUAGAUAGAUAGAUAGAUAGAUAGAUAGAUAGAUAGAUAGAUAGAUAUUGUUCGACACAUGAGGGACAUCGGAGGACACUGGAUUUGGAAGGACUUCUAAGCACCAGAGGGGAGAAGGGGGUCCACUCGGUGCCGACCGGAGCAUGAUGGACCCCCUAGCCGACAUGCGAGCGUCUCGGGCGGAGCGCAGCGGCAGAGGAGCCGCCGGUGGGGAAUCGGCGGAAGAUCAGACGCGCGGCUGCGGGAAAAACGCGGCGAUGGGCGGCAGCGACAGCUUGAGCAGCUUCGCCGACAUGGAUGACUCGCUGGAGGAUAAACUCAAAGGUCUGGCGUUCAGGAAGCAGAUCUCCUAUAGGAAAGCCAUCUCGCGCUCGGGCCUCCAGCAUUUGGGUCCGGCCCAGAAUCCCUUCCCUGCCUUGAGCAACGGACCAGCCAAGGAGCUCCGCAACACCGUGGACUGGAGUGAAAACGCAGUGAACGGUGAUCAUCUGUGGCUGGAGACCAACUGCUCCGGUGAACUCUGCUACCUGGGUGAAGAAACCUGUGUGGCCAAGAUCGCAAAGUCUGCUCCCCGGAGGAAGUGUGCGGCCUGUAAGAUCGUGGUUCACACCGCCUGCAUCGAGGAGCUGGACAAGAUCAACUUCCGCUGUAAACCCACUUUCAGAGAGGGCAGCUCUCGAUGCCUCAGAGACCAGAAUGUGUUGCGGCACCACUGGGUUCAUCGUCGCCGACAGGAGGGAAAAUGUCGACAGUGCGGCAAAAGUUUUCCACAGAAGUUCUUCCACAGUAAGGAGAUCGUGGCCAUCAGCUGCUCCUGGUGCAAACAGGCGUUCCACAACAAGGUGACGUGUUUCAUGCUGCAUCAGAUUGAGGAGCCCUGUUCACUGGGAGCUCACGCCGGGGUCAUUGUCCCACCAUCCUGGAUUAUUAAAGUCCGGAAACCGCAGAGCUCAUUUAAAAACUCCACUCGGAGGAAAAAACGGACGUCGUUCAAAAGAAGAGCCAGCAAAAAGGGCACGGAUGAAUCUAAAUGGCGUCCAUUCAUGCUGAAGCCGCUGCCGUCACCGCUGAUGAAACCAGUGCUGGUGUUCGUCAACCCGAAAAGUGGAGGAAACCAGGGCACGAAGCUCCUGCAGAUGUUCAUGUGGAUCCUGAACCCUCGGCAGGUGUUUGAUUUGUCUCAGGGAGGCCCCAGAGAUGCGUUGGAGUUGUACAGGAAAGUGCCAAAUCUUCGCAUCCUGGCCUGUGGAGGAGAUGGAACCGUGGGCUGGAUUCUGUCGGCUUUAGAUGAGCUUCAGAUGAACCCUCAGCCUCCUGUGGCGGUACUUCCUCUUGGAACAGGAAAUGACCUUGCUAGGACACUCAACUGGGGAGGUGGCUACACAGACGAGCCGGUGUCGAAGGUGUUGUGUCAUGUGGAGGACGGCUCUGUGGUCCAGCUGGACCGCUGGAAUCUGCAGGUGGAGCGCUCAGUGGUCCAGCACGAGGAGGGAACACAGAAGCUUCCUUUAAAUGUGUUCAAUAACUACUUCAGCCUCGGUUUCGAUGCCCACGUCACCCUGGAGUUUCACGAGUCCAGAGAAGCAAACCCAGAGAAAUUCAACAGUCGCUUCCGUAACAAGAUGUUCUAUGCAGGGGCUGCGUUCUCAGACUUCCUCCAGAGGAGCUCCAGGGAUCUGUCUAAGCAUGUCCGAGUUGUGUGUGACGGCACCGAUCUCACAGCCAAGAUCCAGGAGCUCAAGUUUCAGUGCAUCGUCUUCUUGAAUAUUCCCAGAUACUGUGCUGGAACAAUGCCAUGGGGAAACACAGGAGACCACCGAGACUUUGAGCCACAGCGACAUGAUGAUGGCUGCAUCGAGGUCAUCGGCUUCACCAUGGCCUCUCUGGCGGCGCUGCAGGUUGGUGGUCAUGGGGAUCGUCUCCAUCAGUGUCGAGAGGUGCUCAUCACCACCUUCAAGACUCUGCCAGUGCAGGUAGAUGGAGAGCCGUGCCGUCUGGCGCCCUCCACCCUGCGCAUCUCUCUGAGGAACCAGGCCAACAUGGUGCAGAAGAGCAAGAGACGCACAUCUGUACCGCUGCUCAAUGACAUUCAGAAAGUGUGUGCAGCCGACCUGCGCCGCCUCUCUGCUCCCCCAGACUCCUUCUCUGUCCCUCACGCCGUUCCAGAGCGCCUGCGUCUGCGUGUCAACCGCAUCGGUCUGCAGGACUACGACAGCAUGCAGUUCGAUAAGGAACGUCUGCGCGACAUCUCGACUGCUGUUGGCAUCGUGGUGGUGAGAGGAGACUGUGACCUCGAAACCUGUCGACUCUACAUUGAUAGACUGCAGGAGGAUUUGCAUCAGGCGCCCUCUGCUGGCCACCGAGUGCACUAUCAGGAUGAGUGUGCAGGUUUGCCACGGCCGAGUUCAGCACACAGACUUUCAGCCAACUGGAGCUUCCUGGACUCUACAUCAGCUGAUCGCUUUUAUCGCAUCGACAAGGCUCAGGAGCAUCUUCACUUUGUAACUGAAAUAUGCCAGGAUGAGGUUUAUAUCCUGGACCAUGAAGCCCCAGCGGUGAGCCAGGUCAGGGCUCCAGGAAUGCCUGAUGUGGUGGUGGAGCCCAGUUCUGGUGUCCCUCUGACAUCAGAUGAGCAAGCUCUGCUGUCGGCGGCUGCGAAAGGGGACUUGACUGCGGUGUCAUCGUCCUGCAGGAGUGGGCUUAGUCUGCUGGUGCGGGACGCUAUGGGCUGCACCGCUCUGCAUUUGGCUGCACAUCACGGACACGCAGACGUGGUGAGCUUCAUUCUGGAGCAUGGGUCAAAGCUGAUGUUGGAUUUAACAGAGCGAGACACAGGUGACACAGCAUUGCACAAAGCGGCGGCACAACAACAGCGUGAUGUUUGCAAACGUCUGCUUGAAGCCGGAGCUUCCCCCCACAAAACCAACUUCCUGGGGAAAACACCUAAGGAUUGUGCCCUGGAUGCCGGGAAUUUAGAGUUGGCGUCCAUGCUGGAGAUCCAGGCGGUGGAUGAACCAGCAUCACACGAGGAUCUGGAGACGGCAGUAUGAACGGCUCACCCCAUGACGUGGCAGGAAGAAUUUUUACCCACAGAAAGUGGCUGUUAGCACUCCUCGAGCGUCUGCUUGCACUCGCAGAGAAGCCGACGAUAGCAGACAAGAGAAGUGCAACGAGAUUGCCUCGGGCUCAGAAAAAAAAACCUCACCGAGCAGGAACGUGUCUAGCUGUUGUUUUUCGACUCAUGUCGCUGUGGGGUUUUUUUAAUCGUAGGGUCUGACCUAGCAUUUAUUUAUUGCUCUUAUUUAUUAUAGCUAUUUAUUCAAAGGCGGAUUGCUGCAUUGCGUGUAGAGAGACGUUGCCAGAAAAAAGCACGUCACAUUCGUGUGCCAAAGACGCACAGGAGAAAGAGGCUCGGAGAUUUUGAAAACCAGACAUAUUUACAGCUCUUUCCGAUUCGUUCGUGUGCCGUUACAGUGGCGUGAUUGUGAAAUUAUCUUAUAAAAGAUCUGAGCCAUAUUCGAUGCAAUAUGAAUGGAUGACAUUUGUGCAUUUAUCUAUUUAAUAUUACAUUACAUUAAUGUUUUCAAGACAAGCAAAGGAGCUGGAUUUGUGUGUGGGGGGUUUAAUUUUUCAUUGACGGUAGCUUUGAGUAAAGGAGAAAGACACCGACGGGAGUAUUUCCAACACUUGCUCCAUCCUAAACCAUGUCCAAGUCACUCAUGCAACGUGUCUGCAUGAAAACAAACCCAGAUCCAUUUACACACGAGUGAUCUGCUGUGGUAUCUUGUAUUAUCAGUUAACGCAUUUAUUGUGCAUGGGAUUUUUGUUACCUCUUUGGAUGUUUCUACCCUUUCAGUGGUUAUGUAAUGAAAUGGCAUUAUUUCUUUUUUUAUUAAUAUUAACAUUAUUAUUAUUAUGAUUUUAAGCUGUAUGAAAAUGUUCAGUGGUUGUAUUUUGCUUUUUUUUAAAACCUUUUAAAAGAUGGGACUACUUGAAUGUUUUAGUUUUUCUAAUUUCUCAAUAUCAACUUUAGGUGUGUUUGAGGUGACCGGGUGAGUAGAUGUGGCUGAUAUCAUGUUGCACGGUUGCCUAAACUGGGAAUGUUUUCUCAUUAAAAGGGCAGUUGGAUGGAAAGCA